CGUCAGCAGCAGGGAGUACCACGUCAGGAGGCCCCCGACCUGGUCUAUGCUUUUGCGCUCGCAAACAGUCGUCAUGGAUCAGAAGUCCAGGGAAACGGACGAGGCCUAUCAGGCCCGGAUGCUGCUUCUGAUUACCGAAGCCAAGCAACGGUCCGAUGCAGUAGCAGCCGCAGCAAAGAAGAAGGCAGAGGACACCGAGAAGGCACGUCUGUUGGCAAUUGAACAGCAACGCCAGCAAGACGAGGCAGCAGCAAAGGCUCCCGAUGAAGAACGACUUCAACGACGCAAGAAGAUAUUCAGCGGAGAGCGAGCUUUGCUCACAAUGGCAGCGGACUGGCGGACCGAGGUUGAGAAUGCGAAGCUGGACGAGAGUGGAAAGCUGGACGAGAGUGGAAACAAGAUCGCUCUACUCCUCUCCCAUCUCACGGACCUCCUGGCAACAUGCAUUACACAGCAGGAGGACAUUAACAACCUUGACGACGCGCAGCUGGAACAAACCGUCGCCGCCCCCGUUGCCAGCUCUUCCAACACAUCCAAUCGCCUCGAGGCAUUGGAGAUUGACGUCGGCUCCCUCAAGGACAGCUUGCAGUUACAGCAAACCGCAACGCAACAGUUGGAGCAGCGGAACUGUACUGCCUCCAACCACUCGAGCUCGGAACUGCGCGAGUUCGAUGCGCAGGAGAUCUUCUGCGACUCGACGAAGACAGACCCGAUUCCAUGGUUCUGCAAGUUCCAGCUCACGUUGCAGCUACACUACGUCAAAGAACACAAGCACCACGCGGACUUAUACUCCCAGUCGGGGGGUGCGUGCCAAGCAUGGUUGGACAAUCUCUUGUCCAAGUACGGAGUGGUGGCUGCCGACUUGCAUACCAAGAUCAGUUGGGAUGAUCUAAAGGCGGCAUGGCAUAAGCGGUUCCAAGUAGAGUCGUCGGAGAUCAAGGCAAUGGACAAGCUGAUGGUCUUCGAACAAGGCACGUUGCCAAGUGUUGACUGGAUUGUUGAGUACCAAUGCUUGGCAUUCGUCCCAGACAUUCAAAUGGGCUUCAAAGCCAUCACACAUUCCUUCAUCUCGAGGUCGUGUCCGGCGUUGGGUAAUGCCUUGACUCACGUCGAGGACACCCUGACGACACCUGCGAAACUCUUCGACAAGGCUGAGCAGAUUAUUGUCACGAACAAGGAGGCUAAGAACCUCCAUUGUUUGUCUGCGACAAGCCCGAGCAGAGAUCAGCAUCGGCUGAAAGUGGUUGUGGUCGCAGCAGCAACACCAAUCGACGAAACUAGCGAGGUUGUGUCCACCAAUGAAGGGGACAGACUCGCAGCCGCCCGGUAAGGUGGGGGUCCUGACAAAGACCAAGGACGCG